AUGUACAAACCAAAUACCAUGUGGACAUGGUCAUUCGCCAUCGUCGCCUUAGUACAAACAAUUAUCACACUUGCACUAGAAUGUUAUGUCUUCGCAAAUUUCCAAAUCCAACUCGAACCUGAGGCCGAAAUCGUGACCUCAUCAAAAACGAUACCCACUUUCCUGGCCCUGUACAGUUUCGGAUUCAUAUACGAAUUGCUGCUUGUAUAUGAUGCGCUUCGACUCAAGAACACCAUUCAAGUCAUCGGGCUGUGUUUCUGCAAUGUCGGGUUAUUGGUCUACGGUGCCGUGCAGGUACAGCAAAUCAAGGAAGCCGUGGGGGUUUUGACAGACAACGAUGUUAUCAACCCGAAUAUCUGGGAGCAAACUCAACCGUUUCUAAUCAUCAUUCCAAUCGUUGUGGCCAUGGGUUCAUUACUGAUGAUAAUUGUCGCCUGGAAGCUAUAUGAUGAAUUUGCGUGGUCAAUCUACAAGCAUAUCAGUGCCGAUUUACGUAUGAAGCGUCGAUAUUUGACGUACCAGAUUUACAUCGCCCUCCUCAAGUUCGAUUUCUUUUUCUUCCUUGGAUUUACCGUCCAAUUCCUUGUCAUCGUUACGAUAAGGAAAGAUAGCGAGUUUGCCCUUACCACGGCCGCUGUGCCAGUAACGAUCCUGAUUCUUCUCGCCGCGGCAUUCUUCGUGCGACGUGAGAGUUCGUUAGGAAUGAUCGCAAUUAUUCUCCUUUAUUUUGCGGCUAUGGCGUACUUCCUGUUCAAGUUGGUUCGCAUGUAUCAGCCAGCAACCGAAAAUGACUAUACGCCAGCUCGUCGGUCUCUGACAUUCUUCGCUGUUAUCACUCUAAUUCUAAUUGUGAUGACCAUCGUCAAUGCUUGUAUAUGCAUGCACAACUUCAACAAGGGGUUAAAACCUCACAUCAACAAGAAAAAGAAGGACAAGGAGGCAGAGAAAAAUUCUACCGAGUUGACGGCCGUUGACGGCCAAGUGAUGCCCGGCCGAAUGAUGAUUGAUUGA